AUGAGGGUGAACAAGAUUAGCAUCACCACUGAUAUGUGGAAGUCUAACCACCAAAUAGCUGAAUAUAUGGUGAUUACAUGCCAUUUCAUUGAUUCAGAAUGGAAAUUACAAAAAAGAGUUUUGAGUUUUGUGAAAGUGCCACCUCCAAGGCGUGGAGUCGAUGUUGCAGAUGCAAUUCUUAAAUGUCUACAAUUAUGGGGAAUCGAAAAUAAGGUUUUUUCUGUGUCUGUGGACAAUGCUGCCUACAAUGACGUAUGCAUAAGAACUAUGAAAAGCACUUUGUCGAGAAAUACUAAAUUAGUUCUUGGUGGGGAAUUAUUUCAUGUGUGUUGUUGUGCACAUUUAUUGAAUUUGUUAGUGCAACAUGGUCUUACUCAGAUUAAAGACAUCAUUGAUAAUGUUAGAGAAAGUGUCAAAUAUGUUAAUCAUUCUGACUCGAGAUUAAAGACUUUCUCUGACAUUGUUAAGCAAAUGGGUAUAAAAGAAAGAAAGCUAGUGAUUGAUUAUCCCACUAGAUGGAAUUCUAGCUAUGAAAUGUUGAACAUUGCUUCAAGAUUUAAAGAUGUUUUUCUAGAAUACAAGGAAAGAGACCCACACUACAAUUGUUUGUCGUCUAUUGAAGAGUGGGAAAAGGUUGAUAAGGUAUGCCAUUUAUUAAAAGUUUUCUCUAAUGCUACUAACAUCAUAUCAGGUAGUGAUUAUCCUACAGCAAACUUAUAUCUUCCGGAAGUUUAUAUGGUCAAAAUAGUGAUUGAUAAAGCAGCUGAAGAUAGUUCUGAUUUUAUGAGAGGAAUGACAAGAUUUAUGAAAGAGAAAUUUGAUAAAUAUUGGGGGGAAUGCAAUUUGUUGAUGGCCAUUGCUAGUAUUUUGGACCCAAGGUGUAAAUUAGAAAUGGUAAGCCUUUGUUUCCCACUUAUUUACAAAUCAGAUUUUGAUGCCAAAGUAAACAUAGAAAAGGUGUGUCAAGCUUUAGAAGACAUUUACAAUGAUUAUUUGCAAGAAUCUUCCUCUAAUAUAGAUGUCAGAAUUAGGGUGGAAGGAUCUUCCUCUUCUACUCCCUCAAAAGAUUCUGAAUCUGGGUUUGCUCAACUCAUGAGCGUGAUACGUGCAAGGGAAUCUACUCAUUCAGUUAAGUCAGAGCUGAAGUGUUAUCUUGAAGAGAAUGUUUAUAUAAGUAAGGAUAAUUCUCAUCUUUCAUUUGAUGCAUUAGAAUGGUGGAAGAACAAUAGCAUGAAGUAUAAGAUUUUAUCAAAUGUGGCAAAAGAUAUAUUAGCAAUACCAGUCUCUACAUUCGUAUCUGAAUCGACAUUUAGUGCUGGAGGAAGAGUCAUUGAUGCUUAUCGGGCAAGUUUGACAGAAAAUACAGUUCAAGCAUUAAUUUGUAGUGCAGAUUGGUUACGCAAUAAGUAUGGCAUAAAGAAAAAGCAGAAGAAUUUGGUACUACUUUAG